AUGACGACGUCGAGUACGGCUGCUCUGCACUCGUGGCGGGUGCUGACAUCGUCUCUCAAAGCCAAGGUGAGUCUUCAAAUGACGCUUUGCGGUGGCCAGUGCUUUCACUGGCACCGAACGCCGCGCGGCACGUUUGUUGGUGCCAUUGGCGACGGCGUCUUUGAGCUGCGCGAGGCGCAGUGCACUGCAAAGCUGAAAAAACAGGAACUGCGAAGGACCGCAUCACAGCCGCCAGUGUCGACAGAGGCGAAGCAGCGGCACCAGGCGAACGCUCCUGCAUCCACCUCGGAGGCUGUCAUGGGCAAGAGCGACUGCUUCUCAUGCUGCUGGAUAGAGUACCGGCGACUAUGGCCGCUAGCUCACCCAGUGCGCCUCAGUGGCAAGGGUCGCACGAGCCCACUCCCAUCAUCAUUGCGGCCCACAGGUGCAUCAUCAGCGCCCACCGUAGGGGAGAGUGACGAGGAGAUGCUGAGUCGCUAUCUCUCUCUCGAUGUCGAUCUUGACAAACUGUGGCAGGAGUGGACCGACUCGCCAGAGACUCGCAGGCAUCCCCUCGUGGAAUACCUCGUCGGCAAUCGCCUUGAGCGACAAUUCUUGGGCAGCGGUCACGACCAGCGUGUUUGCGAGCACGACGAAGCACAGGCAAACCUGUACAUUCCCAUCCGUCAUGUUCGGCAGGAUUUGCACUCUUGUCUCUUCUCCUUCCUGUGCUCGCAAAACAACAACGUCACGCGCAUCACAGGCAUGAUCUACGCACUCUCCCGCGCCUACGGCGACCACCUAUGUGACGUCCAACUCGCCACUGGUGAGGUGCGAGCACCGCGGACGUCGGCUGCUGAUUGGCGGUCCAAGGCGACACAAAGGAAAUUCCAGUCGGCCGCCGCCGCAAUCAGGAGAGACACCAUUGCAUAUCCGUCGCUGAAGCCGCACAGCUCAAGCACCAACGCUCCGGAAUGGCUUUCGGUGUACAGCUUCCCCUCACUCGAGCAGCUGGCGGCUGCCACGGAGGACACGCUGCGCAGCCUCGGCUUUGGCUACCGCAGCAAGUACAUGGUUGAGGCUGUCAGCUUUAUCCAGACGCAGUUGCCUCCACCGGAGCUCCAGGACAAAAAGGCGGUGGAAGGGAAGAUGCACUCCCCUCCGCACCUAAUACGGCAACAUGGGGCGUGCUAUCGAAACGGCUUCUACUCUGCUGUGCUGAGCCACCACAGCCACCACCACCAGCAUCAACGGGACAUGCUGCUUCUCCUGCCGGGCGUGGGGCGCAAAGUGGCAGACUGCGUGGCGCUCUUCGCGCUGAACCGCACCCACAUUGUCCCCGUGGACACGCACAUGGCGCAAGUUGCGGUCGAGUACCUUGCAGCCCCACGCGCCGUGACGGCGGUGGGUCGUAAGCGUUCUCGUCGAGGGUGUCCGUUGCCCGAAGAGGAAGCCCACUCACCAGAUAAUUUGCUGCUGGAGUGGAGGAAGCAGGCGGAGGCUCUCAAGGUGAAGAAAGGCGCGUCGCCAGCGUCGGUAAAGGCAAUAGGGGAACACGGAAGCUCCGCAGCGUCCCCGCCGCGUGCCUCACGAAAAACGCCUCUCCCACCGUUGUACGAGCGGCAUCAUAACGCCAUUCAGGACGCCUUCUGGAAGCUGUUUGGCAACUAUGCUGGGUGGGCUCACAGCAUUCUCUUCUACUACCGCAUGCGCAAGUGA